AAUGGGAGAGCCAGCAGCCGGACUGGACCGAGACGGUGGAAACCAUGAGGUAUCAUUCUGGACGCAUUCUGAAGGAACUUGGGAGGAAACUUGGAACACACAGGGACCCCGAUGGAAACACACCUCCACUCUCCACAGCCCUUUGAAGCAGACAAAUAAACCUGAAGCAUGUCUGUGGAUCUCAACGGAUACUGGAAGAUGGUUUCCAAUGACAACUUUGAUGAAUACAUGAAGGCUCUUGGUGUGAAUGCAGCCAUCAGGACUAUCGCCAGCUUACUAAAGACUGACAAGGACAUCGUUCAAGAUGGGGAUCACUUUAAAAUCAAGACCCUCAGCACUUUCAAAAACUACAACAUGGACUUCCACGUGGGACAAGAGUUUGAAGAGGAUCUCAGCGGCGUGGAUGACAGGAAGUGCUUGACCACCAUCAACUGGGACGGAGACAAACUGGUUUGUGUGCAGAAGGGAGAGAUUGAAGGAAGAGGAUGGACCCACUGGGUGGUGGGAGAUGAGCUUCAUCUGGAGCUGAGAGCUGGAGGAGCCGUGUGCAAACAGGUUUACAAGAAGACAACAUGACGUCGCUCUCUUGAGGGAAAAUCUUGCUCCCAGCAGAUACUGACUUCAACGCAGACAACACUGCGCAUACAAACACAGUUCUGUCUUUUACUUUGUGUCUCUUUGUUCUCUAUUUAUAUAAAACCAUACUUGAUCAAAAGGGCAGCAUAUGACAAUUUUCCCCCUAAUAUCAUCUGCUGGAUAUUGAGUUGGAAUAUUUAAAACAGAAAAUAUUAAUGGUUUUGAUUAUGAUGAAAUAAAAGUAAACCUGACAACCAUAGUUUUUUUUUUUUUCCUCUCAUUACCAAUACUCCUCCAAGUUGCCCUGAAAUCUCUCAGAUCUCUCAGAUCUGACCGAUUAAGUCAAUAAAUGAAGCAGCUCCCAGGAUGAUUGUUCUACUUUUCUGGUUACAUCCUUCAAUACAAGGGGGAGCAAACUACGGCCUCCGGGCCAUAUAAACUACUUAAUCUGAAAAAUUAAAAAAUCAUUUAGUUUUUGUGUUUUUCCGUAAUGGACAUUAACCCAUUGUUGCAUUUGUCAACAAAAUGAGAACAAACAAACACAGUUUUGAAAUAAAAAUUCGAAAUUUUCUGUUUUAAAAUAUAUAUAUUUGAAUUUUUAACAAAAAUUAAAGUGUGUUUUUUUCUGCCUUUAUUCCAUGUUAUUUCUUUCUCUUAUGAGGUGGAUUAUCAACCACACAUCUGCUGCUGGCCUGACCCCUCUUUCAAAUUUUGGAACCUUGUGUGGCCCAUAAAUCAUAAAGUUUGCCUCCCCUGCUCUAAUACAUCUUAAUAUUGUUGAUUUGACACAUUAUUAAAUCCUUAACUUCUCUAGAGACUUCAAAUUGGUAAUGAACAACCUGCAGAGUUCUCUUAGACACUCUUCAGCUCAUCUUU